CUCUCACUUGUCCCCAUCAUCACACCACACUCACUCUUCAUUCAUUCCCUCUCUGUCGGUUCUUCCAUCCUUCUCCGGAUCUUCAAACGGGUCGGAUUUCGGAUUCGGACUUUCUUCCAGCAAUGGCCAUGUUCAGAGGACUCACUUCCCGAAUUUCUCGUUCACUAUAUACUAACCUCAGCUACAGGACCUCAUGCCGGAAGUCUCCACAUGCAACUGCGCUACCUAGUUUUGGCCGCUCAAUGAGCACCUCUGCGGUGAAAGAAAGGACCUCAAUGGAGGAGUUGAGGAGUCUGAGAAUAGUAACUGCUGUCAAGACUCCAUACCUAUCCGAUGGCCGAUUUGAUCUCGAUACAUAUGAUAACUUGGUGAACAUGCAGAUUGCAAAAGGUGUUGAAGGUAUCCUUGUUGCUGGCACAACUGGUGAAGGCUAUUUAAUGACAUGGGAUGAACAAAUAAUGCUUAUAGCACACACAGUCAACUCUUUCGGCGACAAAGUUAAGGUUAUUGGCAACGCCGGUAGCAACUGCACAUCAGAAGCAAUUACUGCCACAGAGCAAGGUUUUGCUGUUGGAAUGGACGCUGCAAUGCACAUAAACCCUUACUAUGGAAAAACAUCGUCCGACGGUUUAAUUGCUCACUACAAUAGUGUCCUUUCAAUCGGCCCGGUGAUCAUAUACAACGUACCGACAAGAACCUCUCAUGAUAUUCCACCUAGUGUCGUUGAAACCUUGUCUGGAAAUCCUAACUUGGUCGGCAUUAAAGAGUGUAUAGGAAAUGAGAGGGUGAAAAUGUAUACGAGUAAGGGACUUCAUGUAUGGACUGGGAACGACGAAGAAAGCCAUGAUGCUCGAUGGGAAUGCGGCGCUACCGGACUUCAUUCUGUUGCUGGAAACUUGGUUCCUGGUUUGAUGAGGGAACUCAUGUUUGAAGGUAAGAAUCCUACAUUGAAUGCAAAGUUAAAGCCUUUGUUUGAUUGGCUUUUUCAUGUGCCGGUACCGGUUGCCGUGAACACAGCUCUUGCUCAACUUGGGGUUAUUAGACCAAUUUUCAGGCUACCACAUGUUCCUAUUCCUGUGGAGAAGAGGAAAGAGUUUGUGAAUUUGGUGAAGGAAAUUGGUAGAGAGAAUUUUGUUGGUGAAAAAGAUGUUCAAGUUCUUGAUGAUGAUGAAUUUAUAGUUGUUGCUCGAUAUUAAUUGGGAUUGCAUUUGAAAAAACAGAUGAUAUUCCAUAGUGUCACGUUAUGUUGAGAAAUAAAAUAAGAUUUGGUUUAUUUUUUGUGGCAAUUGGUAAUGGGAAGUGGUUCAAAUUAUUUUGAUA